AUGGCUCAAUUCUCUGAAAAUGCCGGUGCUGCAGCUGUUAUGAUAGUCCCUCCAUUCCAUGACCCCCUUUCUUUCAAGGCACUUUACAAAUUUUAUGAAGAUGUUUGUGAAUCUAUCUCAAUUCCCGUCAUGUAUUAUAACUUUCCAGGUGCUACUGGUGUUCAUCUUAACGCAAUGCAACUUAGAAAACUUGGUGAUAUCAGAGGUUUAGAUUAUAUUAAGGAUACUUCUGGUAAUGCUAAGGGGCUCCUUCUGAUAAAGUCGUCGCUUUCAAUGGAUGGGACACUUUAA